AUGGAAGAAAACAGAAAAGAACUUGAAGAAGAAACACAAAGAUGGAAGGAUCAAUUAGGGUCGUAUGGCUCCAAACUCAACACAAAGAAGACAGAAUAUAUGGAAGUGGGAGGUCGAACUUCAGAAACCAUAUACAUCGAUGAGAAGCUAAUCAAGAAAGCGAGUACCUUCAAGUACCUGGGGAGUUGCAUCUCUGGCGAAGGAGGUCUUCAGGAUAAAACUGCCAGAAUAAACGCAUCUUGGAUGAAAUGGACAACCUUCACAGGAGCUCUCUGCAACAAGCAAAUGCCAGUGCAGCUCGAAUCCCCAAAUAUACCGUACUGUGAUCCGUUCCACAGCGCUGUAUGGCAGUGA